GUUCAAAGUGUCAUACCCGUCAUACCCAGGAUCGAUCCCAUUUUUUUCGAUUUAUAAUGUUCGAAAUUUGGACGAAAGAAUAUGGCUGCCGUAUGGAUUAAAGUGUUAUAAACCAGUAAUUAGCCAUGAAGUCAGAGAAUUGAAAUCGACAUUCGAUAAACAUUGAAAUUGUUGACAAAAUUUCAACAAGAAAAAGUUGUGGUGUGUUUAUCGUGGCGGAUAGUUUCUGGUGUUAAUCCGACAAAAUAGAAAGGAAUUUUUUUAUAAGUAAAAAAUGCCGAGCGCCUCGUUUACAUCACGGUCAUAUGUAAGAAGAUCUCGUCGAAAAGGUGGUAACAGGAUUGCAUUGCCUACAACAAGAACUUCGUCAGCAGAUCCAUGUGAACCCCAAAACAUUCCCGGACCAAAUUUUGCAUUAGCUCCAUCGGCUGCGCCUGGUGUCAGUACGUCUUCUUCGUCCCCAAUAAAUUUAAAUGCACCAAACACAAGCGGUGGAGGCGCCAGUAAUCCAGUAGUUCCAAGCACAAGUACAUCGCCACCGGGCACGUCGAGCUCAUCGCCAAAUAGUGCGAACAGUAGUCACCAAUCACCAUACGAUUUACGCAAAAAAUCACCAACAAUUAGCCAUGAUUCAUGGGCUGCAGCCGGUCCGUCGAGCAGUACGCCACAUCAAUUUCAAUGUAUACCAAGCAUUAGUAAUAGCAGCACAAACAGUGACAUGGGUUGUUUCCUAUUACCAGCUCGAAAGCGUCCACGGCGAAUCUAUUCAACUAGUACCGAUUCGACUGUAACCUCAGCCGCUCACUACUUGCAAUAUGAAAUGCCCGACGAAGUGCUGCUGACCAUUUUCUCAUAUCUUCUCGAACAGGACCUAUGUCGACUGUCGUUAGUGUGCAAACGGUUCAACACAAUUGCCAAUGAUACAGAAUUGUGGAAACGGUUGUACCAGAGCGUCUACGAAUAUGAUAUACCAUUGUUCAAUCCGGAAGUGUGUAAAUUUCAUUUUGUGAAGCCGGAAGACUCAGACUUUGCGAAUCCAUGGAAAGAAAGUUUCCGGCAACUGUAUCGUGGCAUACACGUUCGGCCCGGAUAUCAAGAACGUAAAUACAAAGGACGAAGUAUUUCAUACUUUAAUACAGUUCAAGCGGCGCUGGACUACGCGGACGAACGUACAGGAACAAGCACAACAUUGACACCGAACAGCGUGAACAGUUUAAACUGUUCAUCGUCCUCAUCCAACUCAUCUUCUAUGGCAAUUGACGACAAUAAUGUUCCAGACAACACGGGCAGUUUAAUAUUUUUGCAUGCGGGACAUUAUCGCGGUGAAUUUCUGGUCAUCGAUUCGGAUGUUGCGUUAAUUGGAGCCGCAUCGGGCAACGUUGCCGAGUCGAUAGUAUUGGAAAGGGAAUCCGAAUCGACUGUAAUGUUUGUGGAGGGAGCAAAACACGCUUACGUUGGCCAUAUGACAUUAAAAUUUUCUCCCGAUGUCACCUCAACCGUACCACAUCAUAAACACUAUUGUUUGGAAGUGGGCGAAAAUUGCAGUCCGACAAUUGACCAUUGCAUAAUUCGAAGUACGAGUGUCGUUGGUGCAGCUGUUUGCGUCAGCGGCGUUGGUGCUAUUCCAGUUAUUCGACACUGUGAUAUUAGCGACUGCGAAAAUGUCGGAUUAUAUGUAACAGAUUACGCACACGGGACAUAUGAACACAAUGAAAUUAGUAGAAAUGCUUUAGCCGGAAUUUGGGUCAAGAAUUUUGCGAGUCCUAUCAUGCGCGAGAAUCAUAUCCAUCAUGGGCGUGAUGUGGGAAUAUUUACGUUUGACAACGGAAUGGGAUACUUCGAAAAGAACGACAUACACAACAAUCGUAUAGCCGGUUUUGAAGUGAAAGCUGGAGCAAAUCCAACUGUCGUUAAAUGUGAUAUUCAUCAUGGUCAAACUGGUGGAAUCUAUGUGCACGAGAACGGCCUAGGACAAUUUAUAGAAAACAGAAUCCAUUCCAAUAAUUUUGCUGGUGUUUGGAUAACAUCAAACAGUAAUCCAACAAUACGUAAAAAUGAAAUCUACAAUGGCCAUCAAGGUGGUGUGUACAUAUUCGGCGAAGGUCGGGGUCUAAUCGAACACAAUAAUAUUUACGGUAAUGCAUUAGCUGGUAUUCAAAUUCGGACAACAAGUGAUCCAAUCGUUCGACACAAUAAAAUCCAUCACGGCCAACACGGCGGUAUUUAUGUGCACGAAAAGGGUCAGGGAUUGAUCGAAGAGAAUGAAGUGUACGCAAACACAUUGGCUGGUGUGUGGAUCACAACGGGAAGUACGCCGGUAUUACGACGCAAUCGUAUUCAUUCGGGCAAGCAAGUGGGCGUCUAUUUCUAUGACAAUGGUCACGGUAAAUUGGAGGACAAUGACAUCUUCAAUCACCUGUACUCGGGAGUACAAAUUCGAACUGGCAGCAAUCCUGUGAUUCGAGGCAAUAAAAUUUGGGGCGGACAAAACGGUGGUGUUCUGGUGUACAACGGCGGUCUGGGUCUGCUGGAACAAAACGAAAUAUUCGAUAAUGCAAUGGCCGGUGUGUGGAUCAAAACCGAUUCGAAUCCGACGCUGAAACGGAACAAAAUUUAUGAUGGUCGUGACGGCGGCAUUUGUAUUUUCAACGGUGGCAAGGGAAUUCUAGAAGAAAAUGACAUUUUCCGAAAUACCCAAGCUGGUGUUCUGAUAUCAACCCAAUCGCAUCCCAUAUUGCGACGUAAUCGCAUAUUCGAUGGCUUGGCGGCUGGCGUGGAAAUAACCAACAAUGCAACAGCUACACUAGAAUUUAAUCAAAUUUUCAAUAACAAAUUCGGAGGACUAUGUCUGGCCAGUGGCGUUUCGCCAAUUGUUAGGGGCAAUAAGAUAUUCAACAAUCAGGAUGAGGUGGAAAAGGCUGUAUCGGGCGGUCAAUGUUUGUAUAAAAUCUCCAGCUACACAUCGUUUCCGAUGCAUGACUUUUAUCGAUGUCAGACGUGCAAUACAACUGAUCGGAAUGCCAUAUGUGUGAAUUGUAUUAAGACAUGCCAUGCUGGACAUGAUGUGGAAUUCAUCCGGCAUGAUAGAUUUUUUUGUGAUUGUGGUGCUGGAACACUGACAAAUCAAUGUCAACUACAAGGUGAACCCACCCAAGACACUGAUACCCUCUAUGAUUCAGCCGCUCCAAUGGAGUCACAUACGUUAAUGGUCAACUAGUAGGGUAACGCUAUAUAUAUUUUAUUUAAUUUAAAUAAAACAAAAAUAAAAGGAAAAUGAAA